CGCGCGCUGUGUUUCUUUGACAACAAACCCAGCGGCGUUUCAUUUAUUGUAUCGAACCAACAAACCAAUAAGGUGUAAUUGUAUUGCUAAGCGAUUUGUUGCCAAUAAAAUUCAAAGUGUGCAAACAUUCUCGACGCAAUUAAAUUGAAUCGAUUUCAACACGAAUAAAAAUACAAAAUGAAAAUCGAAGAAGUUAAAAGUACAGUGCGAACACAGCGUAUUGCUGCUCACAGUCACAUUAAAGGAUUGGGUUUGGAUGAGAAUGGUGUACCGAUCGAAGUUGCUGCCGGAUUAGUUGGGCAAACAACAGCCCGUGAGGCUGCUGGUAUUGUUUUGGAUUUGAUUAAAUCCAAGAAAAUGGCUGGAAAAGCCAUAUUAUUGGCGGGGCCACCUGGUACAGGAAAAACUGCGAUUGCCUUGGCCAUUGCACAGGAAUUGGGAAACAAAGUGCCAUUCUGUCCAAUGGUUGGUUCUGAAGUGUACAGCAGUGAAAUCAAGAAGACCGAGGUAUUGAUGGAAAAUUUCCGGCGAUCAAUUGGAUUGCGUAUCCGUGAAACAAAAGAAGUGUACGAAGGCGAGGUCACCGAAUUGACACCACAGGAAACAGAACAUCCGACAAUGUUGAGCAGCUACGGCAAGACAAUCAGUAAUGUCACAAUCGGACUGAAAACCGCCAAAGGAACAAAACAAUUGAAACUGGAUCCAUCAAUUUUCGAAUCACUUCAAAAGGAGAAAGUUGAAGUUGGCGAUGUGAUUUACAUUGAAGCCAACAGUGGGGCAGUCAAACGUCAAGGUCGCAGUGAUGCAUUUGCUACUGAAUUUGAUUUAGAGACCGAAGAAUACGUGCCAUUGCCAAAGGGUGACGUUCACAAGAAGAAGGAAGUCAUUCAAGAUGUUACAUUGCAUGAUUUGGAUUCGGCCAACGCUCGUCCACAAGGUGGUCAAGAUGUGCUAUCGAUGAUGGGCCAACUGAUGAAACCGAAGAAAACAGAAAUCACCGAUAAAUUGCGAGCAGAAAUCAACAAAGUUGUAAACAAAUAUAUCGAUCAAGGUAUCGCUGAAUUGGUGCCCGGUGUUCUUUUCAUCGAUGAAGUGCACAUGCUUGACUUGGAAACAUUCACAUAUUUGCAUAAAUCACUCGAAUCGCCAAUCGCUCCGAUUGUCAUCUUUGCCACUAACCGUGGAAAAUGCACGAUUCGUGGAACUGAAGAUAUUGUAUCACCACAUGGAAUCCCAUUGGAUCUAUUGGAUCGUUUGGUCAUCAUUCAAACGAAUCCAUAUGGCAUCAACGAAAUUCAACAGAUCAUUAGGAUCCGCGCAUUGGUCGAAGGGUUGCAAAUCGAAGAAGAAGCAUUGGCUGCACUCAGUGAAAUUGGACACACUACCACACUCCGAUAUGCCGUUCAACUACUAACACCAGCUGCCCAAUCUGCAAAAGUAAAUGCGCGUACUUCGAUUGCUAAGGAAGAUAUCACGGAAAUAAAUGCACUAUUUUUAGAUGCCAAACGAUCGGCGGGAUUCCUUGCCGUCAAAGACAACAAAUAUAUGCUCUAAAUGCUAAGACUUUUUUCGCCGUAAGAAUUUUCAUUGAACCCGAUACUGAUUCGAUUGGAGAAAAGAGAAGAAAAAGAAACAUCUCUAAACAAUCUUAUGCGGCAGGGGGUUACAAUGAGUUGUCAUUUAACAUUCGCACGUUUUAAUUCCUGAGUUUCAUAUGAAUAAAGAAAAUAAACUACAACUACAAAA